GCUUCCUCUUCAAGUAGGUUUAUAACAGUUUUUUUUUUUCUCUAACUUCCUUCCUGUUCUAACUGCCAGCACUCAGAAGUCAGAGUUGAGAGACAGAAGCAUCCCGGACAGAGACGCGAAGUCCUGAACAUGUAAAUAGAUCAGAAUGACUGAGAAUGACCCAGAGCCCCAGGUGGUGGAGGAUGAUGAUGAGCUGGACAGCAAGCUCAACUACAAGCCUCCGCCGCAGAAGUCUCUGAAGGAACUGCAGGAGAUGGACAAAGAUGACGAAAGUUUAACUAAGUACAAGAAAACACUGCUGGGAGAUGGCCCUGUGGUAGCAGACCCAACAGCCCCCAACGUCACUGUCACCCGGCUGACCCUUGUUUGUGAGAGUGCUCCAGGACCAAUCACCAUGGACCUUACUGGUGACCUUGAAGCUCUCAAAAAAAAAGUUUUUGUGCUAAAGGAAGGUGCUGAAUAUAGAGUCAAGAUUAACUUCAAAGUGAACAAGGACAUCGUGUCGGGCCUGAAGUAUGUUCAGCACACCUACCGGACCGGGAUGAAAGUGGAUAAAGUAACCUUUAUGGUUGGCAGCUACGGGCCUCGGCCAGAAGAGUACGAGUUUCUUACCCCCAUCGAGGAGGCUCCCAAGGGCAUGCUGGCACGAGGCACCUACCACACCAAGUCCUUCUUCACUGAUGAUGACAAGCAGGACCACCUCACCUGGGAAUGGAACCUGUCCAUUAAGAAGGACUGGACAGAAUGAGUGCACCUGCCUGUCCCUCUCCACUCUCUGGCCACUUGGAAGGACUCUUCCCACCAUGUUCAUCGCCCUCCUUUCCUCCCUGUUUACAAUCGUGUCCCUUCUCCAAUACCCCCACCAACUGCCACAUCCCCAUCCCUCUCAGAGUGGCCCCUAGCACAAGCUGCUGAAAACCUAGGCUUUAACCUUGCCUGCUCCCUCUGACCACCCUGAUCCCCAGUCAAGGUCAGAGUUACCAAGUUCACCUCCUUAACACAGAAUCCUUUCAUGUUUCCUCUUCCUAUUCCCAUUUGAUCAACUAAUGGCCAGGAAUGGGCAGGUUGAUCACUAGCAGGCCUUUUGCUAAAGGCUGCAGUAGUUCAUUCCUACCCGUGGAUUCUGUUUUGGUUGCUGCUGGCUCAAUGAAUUCCCUGUCACACCCCUUGCCAUUGGAGCUCUCUGUGGGACACACUGUAAACAAUUCAAAAGAGUAAGAAUAAAACAAUAACGGUUA